AUGGUCACCGAUGCAGAAAUUCUAUCACAGGCAAUACAAUCCGAACAACACUUAGAUGAUACUGACGGCGAAAAUGUCAGUACUCCUCCACCACAGAGUAGCCCUACUACACAAGCAAAAGAAGACAACAACCUCCAAUGGGAUGAUCAAUGGCCUGGUGAACAUGAAAGCGAUUCUGACGAUAGUGAAGUGAAUUUCACAAGAAAGAAAAAGAUUCAACGAAGUAAAAAAUCACCUGCUAAAGAAAAUACCAAGUCCAAGUCGCCACACAAUCGGAAAGCCAAAUUACAACAACUACAUAGUCAAUCGCAAAAGCUUAUCCGAGAAUCGGACUUGAACAUUCCUCGCUAUACACCAGCGGUAAAACCUUUAAGUGAUUGUCUAGCUAAAAUUCAGCAGCUUCAGGAUCCUGAGAAGAAUAAAUCUACAGGUUUUCAUCUCAGAUCAGUCAGCCAACUCCGUAAAAACAUCAAACUUGAGAGGAUAGCCCCCAAAAUUUUACCAAGUCUUACUAAGCCAUCUAACGAUGUUCUAAUUUUAUCGAAUGCAGAUAAUAAAUGUGAUAAUGCGAUUAAUCGCUUUAAAAACCGAUUCAAUAAGCAUAAUCCAGUAAAAUCACGGAAAGCUUCAGAACGUGCCAAAGUCAAUAUUUUAGUGAAAGAGAAAGAUCAGCUACAAACAUUGGAACUAGAAUUGCCGGAGAAUAACGAUAAAAUUAGCUCUAUUCUAAAGCCAGACGAAAUUGAUACCAUCAAAACGCCAGGAGCCAAAAAAGCCAUUGUUAAAACUAGGUUACAUGCAAAGAUGGUAGAACGACGAAGAAAUGAACGACUGGCUAUGGAAGAAGAGCAAAAAAUUGAUGAGGAAGAGUUUGACGAUGAGGAGGAAGAAUUGACGCCUGAUGACCAAGACGACUUUGAUACUGAUGUUGUCGACGAAGAGGACGAAGACGAAAACAAGGAUAGCAACGAAGAUACCGACGAUGAAGAACUUCUCAAUAGUUAUAUUCAUGUAGGAAUGAAUAGUAAUAAGUCGCCUAUAUCAAACUCAUUGGACAAGAAUGUUAUGGAAAUGUCUACCAUAGAUGAAAAACAGAACCAACCAGCUAAAGAUAAUACUCUAGAUCUAUUCAACAAGAAUAGCAAUUCAGACGCGGUAAAUAAUGAUUCCCGAGACAAAUGGGACAGCACAAACUUUCUACGACAGCAAAGUAUUCAUUUAACAUGGGACGGAACUCAGACAUUUGAUUAUAACGACAAUUUGGAACAAGAUAUAGAUCAAGGCUCUAAUAAAAAUGAGAAAGGAGACGAAAGCAAUAUACCAUCUAGCUUUGACUAUUUUAGUUUACCUCCUGCUCAAAUCCCGAAAAAUUUUACCAAACCUAAAAGUGCACGUUGUUCUCCAGAUUUAUUCCUGUCGCCUCAAAUUGUAGAUAAAACACCUACAGCCGAACUUAAGGCAAGAGAAGAACCUUCAUCACUACGACUUCAAAAGUAUGUAACACAGUAUAACUUAUAUCACUACUUACCAAUCGUCCUACUAAAGAAAAGUAUCUCUCACAGAGUUUCAGCGGGAUCGAUCGGAGGUCGAUCGUCCUUUGAUCAGUUAUUUGCCCAAGCAACUGUUGAUCCCCAGGAUAACAUGGAUGAAUUACUAGAGCUAUGUUCUGGUCAAUUUUCGAAUGAAACUACCCGACAAACAUUCAAGAGCGCCUUUAGUAAAGUAAAAACAGCUGCGCAAAAGGAAUUUUUAAUCCCUGAUGAUGAUGAUAACAACGACAUGGGAGAUUCCGAAGUAUCUACUAAAGAACUUAGGGAGGAAAACGACUGUGAUGAUAAUUCGGUAAAUGAGGACGCAACGAGCGAGAGCAACAGUCAAGAAGUUGAUAAAACGAAGAGUACGAUAUCCGAACUGAAAAAAAACAAAUUCCUUGACAUGGAAGCAGAAUUAUCUGGUAGCGAAGUAAGUUCUGAUGAGGACGACGAUGGAGGUAGUGAACAAUCAGAGUACGAGCGCGACUCAGAUAAUGAUAUGAUAUCAGACGAAGAAAAGUUAGCCGAUGAAAUCGCAAAAGUUCACAACAAAAAAUUGCUAAUUGAAGAUAAAGCAAAUCUUAGAGCUUUCCAGGAAAGAUUUUUAGAAGAUGGUGAUUUAUAUGCCGAGGGUGGUAGAACUAGGCGUUUCAAGUGGAACAAUCUAGCGUCAGAAGAUUCCCAGUUGGACUUAUUUGGCGGAAAUGAUAGCGAAAACGAAAAUGCCGUUAGCGAAAUUAUUUCUCAAUCUGAAGUAAAGAAGCGUCGUGAGCGAUUUGAGCGAGACACUUAUGUUCGAGACAACUUGGCACACGAAAAAAAAAUUGACCACAUAGACGAGAACAGCCAAAGCAUUUUAAGUCUCAUAAAAGAUGUCAGUAAAGGCCAUGUGCCUGCUAAGCCACAACCCUUAGAAAAUGAUUCGAAACCGGAAACUCCUAAGAAAAUACUGAAACGGCGAGGCUCUUUUCUCAAUUUAAAGAAGCAAGCCCUAUCUCGAAUUUCCAUAUUUACAUCAAAUGGUAACUGCGUAAGUGGAUCUACUUCCAAAACGUUUGUUUUUAAAUCGUUAUCAGAAGGUGAAUAUAAUGCCACUAGCGAAACGAGUCAAAAGAGAAAAAUUGAAGCCGAUGGUUGUAACGAUAAAAAAAGACCUCUAUUACUAGAUAGAUCAAACAGCAUAUUUAAUCAACUGUAA